AUGAGUAUUGGUGCUAGGCGCCAGUUAUCGAUACUCUCGAUCCCUGCGUUGCUUAUGGUGUUCUCCAAAGAGAAUCGGUUGGCAGACUUAAUGGAGCAAGGGAGGCUUCAUUACAACGAUUCAAAUACAGCACUUAACAAGGAAAACAAACAAGCUAAGCCAUAUUUUGAGCGAAGGGAACCUGAUUAUCCUGAUCAUAUACCAUUGACUCAUUUAGAAAGGUUAGGUAUGAUAAUUGGAUCACUGAUAGGAUCAUAUUUCCAUCCUGAAAGAAAUGAAUUUAUUGUGGGGUUAGGUGAAUCCACAGCUUUCCCAUUUAUAUUGAAGAAAUUACAACAUCAAAUGCUUUCAGAUCCAGUGGGAAGAAGAAUAUUACGAGAACGUCCUCGAAUGACUCUGACGUCUUUAGAUUUAGAUUAUCUCCGGUCCCUACCUGCUAAUACUUUAGGACGUACAUAUGUGGAAUGGCUUGAUAAGGAAGGAGUAAGUCCGGAUACUCGUGUGGCAGUUCGCUACAUUGAUAAUGAAGAGUUGGCUUAUGUUUUUCAAAGAUAUAGGGAAUGCCAUGAUUUCUAUCAUGCUAUUACUGGACUUCCUAUUAUUAUUGAAGGAGAAAUUUCAGUUAAAGUUUUGGAAUACUUCAAUAUUGGUAUUCCUAUGACUGGGUUAGGUGCAGCUUUUGCACCUUUACGGUUGAAACCUAAACAGAAGGAACGUCUUUAUUCGAUAUAUUAUCCUUGGGCUAUCCGUAAUGGUUUACGUUCUAAACCAUUGAUCAAUGUAUUCUGGGAAGAAUUAUUAGAAAGAGAUGUUGACGAGCUUCGUAAUGAGUUGGGGAUAGAAGCUCCACCCGAUUUAAGAGAACUUCGUCGUCAACAAGGGAAGAAACUGGGGUCAAAGUCGGCAAGAAAAACAGCGGAUAAAUUGCUCCAGAUUGGUCCAUCGGAGGAUCCAUACUUCGAGCCUAUACCAGAGAACGAAUUACACUUUUAUCAAAGGAAAGGGGCAGUUAGAAAACGGAAACUUCCAGACAUAAUUCCUUCCAGUGAUUUGAAGAUCCUUGAAUCAGUUAAACGGAAAGCCUACCGAUUAGAUUUGCAAUUGAGUUUAUGUGGACUUCGUCUUGGAUGGGCUGGAGUUAUUGGGUUACUUCCAUGGAUUGGAGACGCUAUUUGUUUCUGUCUUGCGCUUCAAUUGAUCAAGAAAGCUGACUCAAUUGAAGGAGGAUUACCUCCUGCAUUGAAGCAGAAGAUGACUGCUAAUGCUAUGAUUGAUUUUGGGUUUGGAUUGGUGCCCAUUGUGGGGGAUUUGAUUAACAUCAUCUAUAAGUGUAACUCUAGAAACUUUAUACUUUUAGAAAAGUAUUUGGUUGAAAAGUAUACGGCGCAGGUGCCGGUUAAAGUCGGCACCAGUGGAGCCGAUGGAGCAGCUCCUAACGAAGGGAAGCCGCCUCUACCUCCAAGGCUUGAACCCUAG